AAGGCUACUUCUAAAUCGCAAGAAAAGGCUACUUCUAAAUCACAGGAAAAGGCUACUUCUAAAUCACAGGAGAAGGCUACUUCUGCUAAGUCAAAAGAUAAAGUUACUUCUGCUAAGUCAAAGGAAAAGGUUAUUUUGGCCAAAUCACAGGAGGAAGUUAAUUCUGUUUCAACUAAAUCGCAAAUCAUCUUGACUGAAUCACAAGAAGAAACCAUUUUGACUAAAUCGCCAGAAGAAAUUUCCGUGACUAAAUUGCAAGAAGAAAUUGCCGGGACUAAAUCACAGGAAGAACAAGAAAUUAUUUCAGAAGAAAUUUCUUCUGAUAGAUCGCAAGAAGAAAUUGCUUCAGAUAAUUCGCAAGAAGAAAUCGCUUCAGAUAAUUCGCAAGAAGAAAUUGCUUCAGAUAAAUCGCAAGAAGA